GCACUGUAUGUGGUGAGCAUUUCGAGCUCGGCUUGAGAUUGAAAUUGGAAGGAUCUCUUACACCUUUUUUAUUCUCUUUGGUCGUUACAGCGAUAUAGCAAAAAAGAAACUGUAAAAAUGUGCGAAGAUGAUGUUGCCGCCUUAGUUGUUGAUAAUGGAAGUGGUAUGUGCAAAGCCGGUUUUGCUGGAGAUGAUGCACCAAGAGCCGUCUUUCCAUCCAUCGUUGGAAGACCUCGUCAUCAGGGUGUUAUGGUUGGAAUGGGACAAAAAGACUCCUACGUAGGAGAUGAAGCCCAAUCCAAAAGAGGUAUCUUGACCCUAAAAUAUCCCAUCGAACACGGUAUUGUAACCAACUGGGAUGAUAUGGAAAAGAUUUGGCAUCAUACCUUCUACAACGAACUUAGAGUUGCCCCUGAAGAACAUCCAGUUCUCUUGACCGAGGCUCCUCUUAACCCAAAAGCUAACAGAGAAAAGAUGACUCAGAUCAUGUUCGAAACAUUCAACGCUCCAGCUAUGUAUGUAGCCAUCCAAGCCGUUCUUUCAUUGUAUGCCUCUGGUAGAACCACUGGUAUAGUUCUCGAUUCCGGCGAUGGUGUAACCCACACCGUCCCAAUCUAUGAGGGAUACGCCCUUCCGCAUGCCAUUUUGCGUUUGGAUUUGGCUGGAAGAGAUCUUACCGACUAUUUGAUGAAAAUCUUAACAGAAAGAGGUUACAGCUUUACCACAACCGCUGAACGGGAAAUUGUUAGAGAUAUCAAGGAAAAAUUGUGCUAUGUCGCUCUCGACUUUGAGCAAGAGAUGGCAACCGCAGCUUCUUCUUCAUCCCUCGAAAAAUCAUACGAAUUACCCGAUGGUCAAGUAAUCACCAUUGGUAACGAAAGAUUCCGUUGCCCAGAAGCCCUCUUCCAACCAAGCUUCUUGGGUAUGGAAUCUGCUGGUAUUCAUGAAACUACCUACAGUAAGUUUAUUGAUCGAGAAAAUCUCUUAGUAGUUUUGAAAUCUUUAAUCUAACUAACAGAUUCCAUCAUGAAGUGCGAUGUCGACAUCAGAAAAGAUCUUUACGCUAAUACCGUUCUUUCUGGAGGAACUACCAUGUACCCAGGAAUUGCCGAUAGAAUGCAAAAGGAGAUUACUGCUUUAGCUCCAAGCACCAUGAAGAUAAAGAUCAUCGCCCCACCAGAGAGAAAAUAUUCCGUUUGGAUCGGUGGAUCUAUCCUUGCUUCUCUCUCCACCUUCCAACAAAUGUGGAUUAGCAAACAAGAAUACGAUGAAUCUGGUCCAUCCAUCGUUCACAGAAAAUGUUUCUAAAUUUUCUUACCUUUGGAAGACGAAAAUUUUGUUGCAAAGACUGCAACUAUUGCGGCUGCCUCCUGCAACGUUUAUUCUUAUUCUCCAUUUUGUCUACGUAUAGCACUAUAUGGGAGACUUAGCUUUUACAUAACUAUGUUAGUGUAUGUUUAACAAAAAUGUUUAAUGAAUGAAUGAGAGUAAAAAUAAACAAGUCCCACAUUUUAGAAGUAUUUCAAACUUGUUAAAUCUGAACAAAUCUUAACUUUUUCUUUAAAAAAAAAACUCUUUUUUUUUUAUAAAUAAUUUCAUUUUAUACAAAAACAUACAACAUUCUUUCGAGUAUUUAAAAUUUCCAACUAAAUCUACUUACGUCUAUUUAGCAUAUCCAUAGAUGGCGCUGACUAUACAUAAUAAUAAACUAAUAGCUAUAGACAAUAAUAAUACACUGUGUAUUGCUAAAAAC